CACUCUGGGACUCUGGAGUAACAGCGAGCAAGAUGGCGCUUUGUUUCAGCACUGGACAGCUCCCGCCAAAUUCGCUGUGAAACUACAGCCAGGUAGAAUUAUUGGGCAGUCUCGCGUUUUGACAUGUUUUCUGUUGUUCGUGUAUCUGGCUUUCGAAGGAAUGGUCCAUCGGACUUGCGCGUCGUUUGGUGCAGCGAAUAAAGAGGACAGAUAUUCGUGAACAUGUACCAGGGGCAACUGAGCUGCUCGCUGGUGCCUCCGCAACGACAAUCCAACCUCCGCAGGAAUGAAUGAUGGAAUAUUAGAAGAAAAUGCCAACGGCUGACGCUGACUAAGAUUAACAUGACUGUGGAACUGGUGGAAUUAUCUGUUUCGUUUUCAAUCCUUAUAAAAUGUAGGCGAAUGCUGAGCUAACAAGAGCCGUUUUUCAGGCGAGAAAAUAACACUCUGUCAGAGACAAUACUGAUUUAUCCGCCAAACAACGAUUGUACGUUUUAAUGCAAAACCUACCAGUAUCUUCAGGUUUAACAGGAUGUCCGCUGCUUUAGUGCUAACGAUCAUGUCUGCGUCGUAUUUCAACCCCAGCUUCGCAUUGAGCUCACAUUUUGAUUCAGAUGGCGCUCCUCUGAGUGAGCUCUCCUGGUCGUCCUCCCUGGCUGUGGUCGCUGUGUCUUUCUCGGGUCUCUUCACCUUCGUUUUCCUCAUGCUGGCCUGCCUGUGCUGCAAAAAAGGAGAAAUUGGAUUUAAGGAGUUCGAGAAUGCGGAGGGUGAUGAAUAUCAGGUGAACAUGUCCACGCUGGCAUCCCCAGCCUCUGGCAGCAGCACUGAUGUAUACGUCCUGCCACUCACGGAAGUAUCGCUGCCUGUCGCCAAGCAACCACUCACAGAAGUAUCGCUGCCUGUUGCCAAGCAACCAGCCCGAUCAGUCCAGCUCCUGAAGUCAACGGAGACGUGUCGCCACAGUUUGAUGUGCAUUAAGGAAAUCGGGCAUGGGUGGUUUGGCAAGGUGUUGUUGGGGGAGUUAAACUCUGGCCUGAGCAGUACUCAAGUGGUGGUGAAAGAACUGAAGGCAGGCACUAGUGUUCACGACCAGAUGCGUUUCCUGGAGGAGGCGAGACCUUAUCGGUCCCUGCAGCAUUCUGCUCUAGUGCAGUGUCUGGCCCAGUGCACUGAGGUCUCUCCUUAUCUUCUCAUCAUGGAGCUCUGUCCUCUGGGCGAUGUAAAAGGUUACCUGCGCAGCUGCAGGGUGGCGGACUCUGUGACCCCCGACCCUUUACUUCUUCAGCGAAUGGCGUGCCAGAUAGCCUCAGGCCUUCUGCAUCUCCACAAACACAACUACACCCACAGUGAUCUGGCUUUGAGGAAUUGCCUUCUAACAUCAGAUUUGACUGUCAAGAUUGGAGACUAUGGGCUAUCACAGAGCAAGUAUAAGGAUGACUACUUUGUGACUUCGGACCAAUCCUGGGUGCCGUUACGAUGGAUUGCACCUGAGAUGGUGAAUGAAGUGCAUGGAAACUUACUGGUGGUGGACCAGACCAAACAAAGCAACAUUUGGUCUCUUGGGGUAACUAUCUGGGAGUUGUUUGAGUUGGGAAACCAGCCUUACCGUCACUAUUCUGACCGGCAGGUCCUCAGCUACGCUGUGAAGGACCAGCAGCUAAAACUGCCAAAACCACUGCUUCAGUUUCCUCUAGCUGACCGCUGGUAUGAAGUAAUGCAGUUCUGCUGGCUUCAGCCAGACCAGAGGCCCAGUGCUGAGGAGGUCCACCUCUUGCUCAGUUACCUGUGUGCCAAAGGUGCCAGUGAAGCAGAAGAAGACUUCGAGAGGCGCUGGAACUCCAUGAGACCCAACAUGAAUCACAGCAGUCUGCAUGGGGCUGGUCCCCUGGCCCUUAACAUGCCUCAGACCUCCACAACCUCCUCCUCCUUCCCCUUACUGGAGCAGUUCUCUACAGGGGAUGGCUACCAAUCAGGAGAUGACAUUCUCACAGUUACUGAGACCAGCCAUGGCCUGAACUUUGAGUACAAAUGGGAGCAAGCAAGAGUGAAGCAGCCGUAUCACUCUUCCACAGGAACAUUAGGUCAGGGAAAUCCACACUGCCAGGAGAUCUAUUACCCCCCUGGAGGUAUGGUAGGUGGAUGUGGAAUCAGUGGAAUGACCCUAGGAGUCUCUCCUCAAUACUAUGAAGCUAAACACUUACAUACCCCAGGUGUUGUACCAGUCCUCAAUGCUCACAGUACAUCAAUGAGUAGUGAGUACUACAUUCGUAUUGAAGAGCCGGUAGAUUGCAGUGUUGAUUUGGAAUACCCAAUGUGUGCUUACAGCCCUGACUUUGGAGGCAGCAGUGGCAGCUUCCUCACUGCUAGUGGAGACUCUGGUGAAUGUAUAAACUGUCCCUCUGAGGGAAAGCCGAUUGAUUCUUACUGGUCAGCUGACAUGCACAAAAACAGUGCCUACGAUUCAGACAGUAGUCCUGCCUUGUCCCUUACCAUGGAACCACUACUGGGUCAGGUAUCUGAUGCCAGCCCUCUCAGGCCUUGGGAGUCAGGUCAUUAUGUAUCAUAUAAAGACAGAGAUGGUGGCUAUUAUUAUGAACCCUCUCCACCAAUGGGAAUGGAGCGCUACCUGUUUGGAGACCCAUCAGAACCUCAAAGGGAAAGCUGGGGUUCCCGGAGUCUGAGGCAGGCACUCGGUGAGUUGGAGGACCCCUUGGGGAUCUCACCCUCUCUUGGCAGCCCCCCACGAGGCUUUAGAGACCCUUACAUAGAGAGCAGUCAAGGAUCAGUAAUAGGGAAAAAUGUAACUGGAGGAUAUUAUGACAUGAUGGGUUCCUUAAGAAAGACCAUGCCAGGGAACCAUUCAAUCUGUAUUGACAUGGAGUCAGGUGGAGCUUUGUUUGUGGGGCAAGAUGACAGUGAUUCAGAAGAGGAAGACCUGUUAGUGGACAGGCAGGCAAUGGACUGGGCCAGCAACCACUCAACAAAAAACACUCUGAGCUUGUCCCGGAGACAGGCUUUAACCAGGCAAGAUGCUUACACAGACUUUCACUACACAAUGCCAAUGACCGAUGUUGAAGAUGCAUGGCCAAAGGAACACAGCCUCCCGUACCGCUCUGCCAAACAACUUAACUACCUGGAAGCUGCAGCCAAAAGCAACACUUGUCCAGUGCAUGGCAGACAUGCACCAGUAUCUUCAGUAGACUGCAACUCCCAUAGUCACUUGUGUCAUGAACCCAGAGAGGCAGAGGUGUACCCUGUUCCAUGCUGUCAGGCUUUAAGCAAUUCCCACUUUGUGGAUCCACUCACAGGGUCGUUGGUGAGAAACAGUUUUAUGAAUGAUAAUGUCUCGGAAAAAAAUACAGGCUUACCCAACAGGGACCAGCAGGUAAACCAACCUGCUUUAUCCACCGGACAUGUCACUGCCAAGACCGAGACAACAAAAAACAAUGUAAAACAGAAAGAACAUCCAGAGUGUGUUGAUUUUGCAGUAAAAGAGGAAAUACCCAGACAAGAAAGCAGCAUACAAGAUGAUACAGGACAACUAGACCCCCAAACAGAGGCUGUAACCAUGACUCAACAGUUAGAGAAACCCCUCACUGAGCACACCUCCACUGAGCCUGAAUCAGAGAUAAGCAGAGCAGUGGAUAGUGGAGUGGACAAUGGACAGUCCAGUAUCAGCCUGGUGGAGAUUGAUGACUGCAGUGAUGAGGACAUUACUGAUGUCACCUCAGGAAUUUUUGGCGACUUCCCAGGAGAUUAUAAUGAAACAGUCGACUACACCAACCCUACAUUCAAGUCCCUGCAAAAGCAGGUAGGCACACCUGAUUCCAUGGAAUCCAUUGAUCUACCAUCUACAGUAAGCUCCAGUGAAACUUUCAGCCCAGCCUCUAUCCAUCCAUCAAGUUCAUCCAGAGCCAUGGACAGCGGUUAUGACACAGAGAACAACGAGUCUCCUGAAUUUGUCCCCAAAGAACCCCACGAACCACAAGAUGCAAAAGCCUUCAUCAAGCCUUUGGAGGCAUCCAUUUCUGACCCACUGCCACUCACAGAAGCAAGAGAUCAAGAUGGGGCAAUGGUUGAUCCACCACAAGAGGACAGGGAGGUGGCAGUUGCUUUGACAACAACUCAAAACAAUGAUGAGGGGCUGACUGCACUAAGUGAAAAAACUCCAUACAGAGAUUCAGCCUACUUUUCUGACUGUGAUACAGCGAAAGAGAAAGAAAGUGAAGAACACAAUGAAAAAGAUACAGAUAAUCUUGAGAAACAGAGGGAGAAAUCCAUAGAAAUUAUAGAUAAAGAGGAACUAUUGACUAUACAGAUAGUAGAACAAGACAAUGAAAUGCCACAUGUAGGGGCGACUAAUGAAAAUGGUGAAUGCAUCCACAACAAUACUGAGGAACAGGCUGAGAAUCUGCUCCUAGAGGAAGACGAAAUAGUCUGCGUUAGUACCCCUGAAGUCAAUGUCAUUCCGCCUUCUUCUGCUGAAAUGGCCGAAUGCCCAGUAAACAAGGAUGAGGAUGAGCUCGAUUCAGGUCGGAAUCAGGAAGAGUUGCCAUCUGAAAGUCAGUCCUCAGAUCUAACUGCAUUGCCAUUUUCUGAUGCCACAAAAGAAACCAGUGAACCUGAGGAGACAGAGAGCAUCCUUUCUCUUGAACCAUUAACCACUGUAAGUGCAGACAUUGAUGUUGAGACCAUUCUUGAUGCCUUCAACAAUCCAGAUGAACCCCAGACAGAAGAGGAGGUAACUGAAAAAGAAACAUCUAUGACGUGCUUGAAAGAACCAACAUCUCAGGAUGGCACUGAUGUGAUGCCAACAGCAAACACAGCAAGGGUUUCUAUAGACACUUUAGCAGACAAGUCUGAAACUCCUGACGGUAAUACCAAGGGCUCCACUCGCCCGUUUUCUCCUCCCCCUCUACCACCACCUGAGGGACGAGCGUCUCCAGCAGAUGGGCAAGAGGCAGAUGAGGAAGACGGGGACUCAGAGGACAGCGAUGAAUCAGAUGAGGAGCUCCGUACCUACCGCAUCCAGGAGCAGAGCGAGGAGAGUGAUGACGAGGUGCUAGCAGUGCCCAUUGUAGUGAGCGACUGCAGCCAAGCACACAAGCUCAGGAGCCUGCUAAAGAUUCCCAGCCUGCUCCCUGACUCACUCUGCGAUGACCUGGAGUCCAAGAAGAAGGUCGUGUCCUUCUUUGAUGAUGUCACCGUGUACUUGUUUGACCAAGAGAGCCCAACCAGAGAGCUAGCAGAACAUGGCCUCCCACUGGGAGAGGAGGCAGACUCACAGAGUACCAAAAUCUCAGCGCCAGACCAACAGGAGAGGGUCAAUGCAUCGGAUGACUCCUCCGAUGGAAACAUUUCAGAAGAGAGUGCAGCAUUUGAGUGGGAGGAUGACUUCACUUUGCUGCAGCUCCCGACCUCUGUGAAAGGGUCACCUCCAGACGUCAGGGCUGAGCCGACCCUUCCACCCAGUGUCGCAGACAGCAAACCUGCAGGGCAGUUCUCCCGUUUCACAGUCUCCCCUUCAACCAUCUCACGCUUCUCCAUCACCCAUGUUUCUGACUCGGAUAUAGAUUCUGCAGGAGGAAGCAGUGAGGAUGGGGAGAAAGAAUGACAGCUGCAAAACACUGCCAUCUAUGGGGUAGCACUCAGCAUGGACUUAAUUCCUCCAGACCUUCUGGUCUUUGACGUGAAAAUUAUACCAUUUCUAAGAUUCUUUUGGAUCCCAUCAAAGACAGUGCCUAUUGUUGUUAGAAAAUACUUACAGAGUAGUUGUUAUUAUGUGUUCCCUAAACAAAUGGACACAUAUAGGGCCAUAUAAUUCUUGAAAAUAAUUAUUACAUUAUUAUUAAUAGUGUAAACCCCGAACAAUAUCUUACUCGUUGAAAUCAUGCCUAUUUUAAACUAGUGACGGUUUUGAAGGUCUGUACAGUGAGAACAGGAUUCUCCUGAAGCAGUCUGUUAAUAAAGGACACGAGACAUUAUCAUGAAGGAUGGCUGUGACCCUAAAGCCCCAUCUACAAUCCGCAUUUUUGCAGAUAGAAUAGGAACAUUCAGAUGAAGAAAGAAAUAUUCUUGCAAAAAUCCAAAACAAGAAGAAGAAAAAAAAUCUAAAUUUGCUCACUGCUGUUUUUCCCCCAGGACUGGGUAAUAUAAAAAGCCCAAAUUACCUUUUAUUGUGAAGGGUUGUCAGCAUAUUGCUAAAAAUGCUAAAAGACCCUUUGGCUCCAUUGUUAGGGACUGGUAACAGUUUUAUUUAACAUUGUUUAGGAAGAUAUUUGUUUGGGGGAAGAUUAACACGUAGCUGCCUCGAGCCAUCUACCUGAAAGUAGCAAAAUAUACAGGGUGAUGCAACAUUGUGAAACUCUGACCAGCUCAUGUUGCUGACAAUGGUAAGGUUUCCCAUGUAAUUUAUAUAAUUUGCAUUAUCUUAGUAUUUUUAAGGAGACAUAAAUAACGUUUGCCUGGUUGCUAAACAUAUCUGUGAAUUACAUUUCAGUAUUAUAAAUUAAGUCACAGUCAUUAUCAGUGAUAUGUUUUAAAAAUAAUUUUUAACUGCCUGUCCUGCCUUGUACAAGCUAGAAAAAAUAUCAGUGGAACUGACAAAGAUGCAGUGCUUAUAGCAUGAGCUCUUACUUAGCAUCACGUAUACAGUUUUAGGUUUUAAUUUUGACCCUAGAAUUAGAGCACUGACAAAUGCUAAGUUAACGUAUUUUGGCCAAAUCUAUGCUGCUCUUUCAACUGCUUCACACACACACGGACAAAAAAAAUCUAAAUAUCCAGACCUGGAGCCCUUUUUGUCUACAGAACAUUUUAUGAUGAGCACGUUAAACAGUGAUGCUGUACAUGUAUGCUACCUAAAGAUGCUCAGACCUGGGGUGUCUGACUAGGGUGUUCAUAUUUGUUGUCUUAAAAGAUUUUAUUUAACAUGUUGCCGUUCUCAUCACUUUUAUGAAAUUUACAAAGAAAAUGCUGAAAAAAAAAAAGACGUGAAAAGCCGAUGUCAACCGAAUUAAGGUUUUUGCAAGGUAAUAAUAAAUACUGGUUGUUUACCAGUAUUGAAAAUAGUUGAAAAUAAACUUCAUUUUCUGGAAAGCGUUAUGGUGGAUGCAAUGACCGCCUCUCUCAGUAAGAAAUUUCUUGAUGUUAAAACAAUUAUAAGAUGUACAGGAAUUUUAUGUGAUCUGCAUACUUUUGUGCUUUGGACCCCAAACUAGGGCAAAAAAUUGAAGAGAAGAAAAAAAUGUAAACAAAAACAAACAAAAAACGCAGGCUUUAUCCUACAUAUGUUCAGUGUUUGUUUGCCUCUUAUGGCAAUAUUAUUCGUAAUGGUUUAGCUUAGAUUGAACUAGACGGCAGUCUGUACUAUUUUUGUAUUUUACAAAACAAUUUUAAACUACUGAUGGAAAAACAAUAUGACAGUUAUGCUGGAUAUAGUGGAAGAGUUCAUCUACAUGUACCUGCUGCCAAAGACGUGUUAUUUAAAGGGGCCCAGCUGGACUUGUCAGGCAAAGUAGUUGCUUGACACAGAUGUAAUUGGAUGUGAUUGAAUGAUGUGAUGGGAUAGACCUCUAUAGAGCUAUACAGGGGAGAGAUGAAUGAUGGUAUGAUGAAAACCACACAUGUCCUUCUUGUGUGUCACAAGAUCAGUGACUGUACACAAAAUAAAUAAAUAAAUAAGU